AUGAAAGUGAGUCUGACUUUAAGCGGAUUGCUUCUGGGUGUGCUGCUAGUGAUCCAUGCAGAGGCCGGAAUAGUACAGAUCAGCGCAUACGGCGACGUUUCCAGGCAAGGAGAUUCUUCAUUGAACAAUAGUUCUGAUGAAAGUGUUGGGACUGGUCGAGCGAUGAGUAGCGGAGGUUAUCGACAUAUUUUCGAUGGAUUACUCACGAAGCCUGUAUAUUAUGGAGCUAUGGGGAAUUCGUUUAAACUACCAAAAUACAUUAAUUAUCCCAGCAACAUCCAAGUUGUGUAUCCUCAACGACCAUCAAAGGAUGCGGUGGCCUCGGACCGAUUCACCCCAGGAGAAGCAUAUGGUGGAAUCGUUUUCAAAAUACUUAAAGCUAAACAGGAAAAACGAAAAGGAUAUCAGUACCAGAAGCCCAAUGAUGCCUCAUUAGAGGGGUCCAAAACAAAUCCAUCACCACUGUCGGCUCCACCUGCACCUCCACCUCCACCUGCUCCCAUCACGCCCCCUCAACUUCCACCCUUAAUAGCAGGACCAACUCCUCUUCCACCAACAACCUCAGCGAGCCCCAGCAAUCCAUUGACCAUUUUGCCUGCUGAAUCACCGCCAGAUGCUUCUCCAGCAAUGCAGUACAUGCCAAACAUUCAGUCUCAUUACCCUCCUCCACCAGCGAAUGGUGAAACUCGGUUCAACGACUCACCCCCAUCAAACCAACCCAUACCUUCAGCUGAACUAUUUCCAUUUCCGCCAAAUAUUCAUUCUCACUACCAUCCUCAACCAAUGGACGACUAUUUUCAAAUGAACGGACUCACAAGCUAUCUUCCUCCACCGACCGGACCCAACGACUCCUAUCUUCCUCCUCCAUCCGGAAUGUCGGCUGAUUCCAUGGAAUCAGGCCCACCAAGCUCAUCAAACACCUCCGACGAUACGAUCGGAACGAUCCCCAUGGGUCCAGAUUCUCCAUACACUGCCUAUCUACCACCAUCCGAUCCUCAAAGCCCAGGACUGAAGGACAUGAUGAUGGGCAUGCCACCCGGCCCGCCAAUGAGCGGUCCUUCCAUGAACAUUCCUUUCAACUUCCCUGGAUAUGAGUACAACCAUCCUCACGAUCACUUCCCGGAGUACGUCUUCGAUCACGACCACGACCACGAUCACCACUAUGACCAUGACCAUGAUCACCACCACGACGAACCACCACCAACGACUCCGGCACCUCCACCACCACCACCACCACCACCACCCAAAAACUACAACUACCACUACUACUACAUUAGUCGAUUUCUGUGGUACACCCCGCUGUGGGCGACCAUUUACUUCUCCUUCUAUCUUCUGAUUCUGAUUCUACGUGGCAUCGGGAGACAUGUGGUCAACUAUCCCAACAAAUAUAUCGGCAGCAACGUAGCAGUAUCAAGGUCACUACAGGACAUGCAAUUCAUGACGAACGAACAGGCAGCCCACAAGGCGGAUGUGAUGACACAAUUCGUGAUGAAACAGAUCGACGAUUUCAAAGAGAAAUACAUAAGAUAG